AUGCGUCUCUUAAGAGUUUCGGAAAGUGGCGAGUUCAGCCUGACCAAAGAUCUGCAUAGGAAUAUCCCCAGAUAUGCGAUACUUUCGCACACCUGGAGAGAUGAUGAUGAGGAGGAGGAAGUCACCUUUGGAGAUAUGACCGAAGGCCUUGGGCAGGCAAAGGUUGGAUACAGUAAGAUUCGGUUCUGUGCUAAGCAAGCCAUUCGCGAUGGCCUCCAGCACAUCUGGGUGGAUACUUGCUGUAUUGAUAAAUCGAGCUCUGCAGAGCUUUCAGAGGCUAUUACAUCCAUGUUUCACUGGUACCGUAAUGCGAUCAAGUGUUACGUGUAUCUGGAAGACGUCUCGAUGAAUACUUAUGACCAAAUGGAUCAAUCCUUCUGGGAACCUGCCUUUCGGAGAAGCAGAUGGUUUACUCGUGGUUGGACGCUCCAAGAGCUCAUUGCACCGACGUCGGUCGAAUUCUUCUCCUCAGAAGGGCAACACCUCGGUGACAAGCAGUCAUUGGAACGCCAACUUCACGAGAUAACAAAGAUCAAAAUCGAAGCUCUACAAGGGCAUGGUCUUUCCGAGUUCAGCAUCGAUGAGCGCUUUUCGUGGGCCGAUAACCGCGAGACCAAGCGCGAAGAGGACAAGGCUUACUCUUUAUUGGGCAUAUUCAACAUAUUCAUGUCGCCUCAUUAUGGGGAAGGAGCUGAACAUGCAUUGCAGGUUAUCGAUAAUGGAACGCUGCCUUGGGAUACGCCGACGGCACUGAUUGGCAGGAGGGAGUCUGGAGUCCACGCAUCCUAUAACAUCGCAGAGCUAAUCAACAUUGGGCCAUACCCCAUCCGACCAGGCACAAUCUUGAUAAAUCCCGCUGGUGGUAUGUAG